CUGAUUUCUUCUCUUUAGAGUAACACAUUUGGAGCUGCUUUUGCGAUGGGUGAUUCACCCUGGAAGUAAUGUGGACUGAAGUUCUAAGAGUUGUGUAUCUGAGCAGCUGGACCCAGUAUUGUGUCUUAUGUUCACUUACAUCAGAACUUGCAUGAGAAAGAGAAUGGGAGUCUGGUUAGAUAAAAAUGACUAUGUCAGAGACCUAAGAAGGGUCAGUCUCUGUCUUCUGAUAGUGUAUAUGGCCGUUUUAGUGGGCACAGACCAGGAUUUUUACAGUUUACUGGGAGUAUCCAAAACUGCAAGCAGUAGAGAAAUAAGACAAGCUUUUAAGAAACUAGCAUUGAAGUUACAUCCUGAUAAAAACCCGAAUAACCCAAAUGCACAUGGUGAUUUCCUAAAAAUAAAUAGGGCAUAUGAAGUACUCAAAGAUGAAGAUCUACGGAAAAAGUACGAUAAAUAUGGAGAGAAGGGGCUUGAAGAUAACCAAGGAGGCCAGUAUGAAAGCUGGAACUACUAUCGUUAUGAUUUUGGUAUUUAUGAUGAUGAUCCUGAAAUCAUAACACUGGAAAGAAGAGAAUUUGAUGCUGCUGUUAAUUCUGGAGAACUGUGGUUUGUAAACUUUUACUCCCCGGGAUGUUCUCACUGCCAUGAUUUAGCCCCCACUUGGAGAGAAUUUGCUAAAGAAGUGGAUGGAUUACUUCGAAUUGGAGCUGUAAACUGUGGUGAUGAUAGAAUGCUUUGCCGAAUGAAAGGAGUCAACAGUUAUCCAAGCCUCUUCAUUUUUAGGUCUGGAAUGGCUGCAGUGAAAUAUCAUGGAGACAGAUCGAAGGAGAGCUUAGUGAACUUUGCCAUGCAGCAUGUGAGAAGCUCGGUGACAGAACUGUCAACAGGGAAUUUUGUUAACUCCAUACAGACUGCUUUUGCUGCUGGUAUUGGCUGGCUGAUCACUUUUUGUUCUAAAGGAGGAGAUUGUCUGACUCCACAGACACGACUCAGGCUGAGCGGCAUGUUGGAUGGUCUCGUUAAUGUAGGAUGGAUGGACUGUGCUGCCCAGGACAAUCUUUGCAAAAGUCUGGAUAUCACAACAAGCACUACUGCGUAUUUUCCUCCUGGAGCCACUUUACAUAACAAAGAAAAAAACAGCAUUUUGUUUCUUAAGUCAUUGGAUGCUAAAGAAAUAUAUUUGGAAAUAAUAAAUAAACUUCCAGAUUUCGAACUACUUUCAGCAAAAACACUAGAGGAUCGUUUGGCACAUCAUCGCUGGCUCAUAUUUUUCCAUUUUGGAAAAAAUGAAAAUUCAAAUGAUCCUGAGUUGAAAAAACUGAAAACGCUGCUUAAAAAUGACCAUAUUCAAGUUGGAAGAUUUGAUUGUUCCUCUGCUCCAGGCGUCUGUAGGGAUCUCUAUGUUUUCCAGCCCUGUCUAGCAGUAUUUAAAGGCCAAGGAACCAAAGAAUAUGAAAUCCAUCAUGGAAAGAAGAUUUUAUAUGAUAUACUUGCCUUUGCCAAAGAAAGUGUUAAUUCCCAUGUUACCACACUUGGACCUCAAAAUUUUCCAUCCAGUGACAAAGAACCAUGGCUGGUUGAUUUUUUUGCCCCUUGGUGUCCACCCUGCCAGGCUUUACUGCCAGAGUUACGGAAGGCAUCCACACUCCUUUAUGGUCAGCUGAGAUUUGGUACCCUAGACUGCACAGUCCACGAAGGGCUCUGUAACAUGUAUAAUAUUCAGGCUUAUCCAACGACGGUGGUAUUCAACCAGUCCAGUAUUCAUGAGUACGAAGGCCAUCACUCUGCUGAACAGAUCUUGGAGUUCAUAGAGGAUCUUAGAAACCCUUCGGUGGUCUCUCUUACACCCACCACGUUCAGCGAACUGGUUAAACAGAGAAAGCACGACGAGGUCUGGAUGGUUGAUUUCUAUUCCCCGUGGUGUCACCCCUGUCAAGUCCUGAUGCCAGAAUGGAAAAGAAUGGCUCGGACAUUAAAUGGACUGAUCAGCGUGGGCAGUGUAGACUGCCAACAGUAUCAUUCUUUCUGUGAGCAAGAAAAUGUUCAGAGAUACCCUGAGAUAAGAUUUUAUCCCCAAAAAUCAAAUAAAGGCUAUCAGUAUCAUAGUUACAAUGGUUGGAAUAGAGAUGCUUAUUCCCUAAGAAUCUGGGGUCUAGGAUUUUUACCUCAAGUAUCCACAGAUUUGACACCUCAGACUUUCAGUGAAAAAGUUCUACACGGGAAAAACCACUGGGUGGUAGAUUUCUAUGCACCUUGGUGUGGACCUUGCCAAAAUUUUGCUCCAGAGUUUGAGCUCUUGGCUAGGAUGGUUAAAGGAAGAGUGAAAGCUGGGAAGGUAGACUGCCAGGCUUUUGGCCAGACCUGCCAGAAAGCCGGGGUCAGAGCCUACCCGACCGUGAAGCUUUACACCUACGACAGGGCGAAGAGAAGUAUUUGGGAAGAGCAUGUAAGUGCUAGAGAUGCAAAGACAAUUGCUGCCUUCAUUCAAGGAAAAUUGGAAACACUCCAAAAUCAAGAAAAGAGAAACAAGGAUGAACUUUGAUGAUGUUGAAGAUGAAGGAAAAUUGAAAAGACUCUGAAAAAUAUCAUCAGAAGAUGGCUUUUAAGAAUGUGAAUUACAUUCAUGGUCGAAGUUAAUGGACAUUUUUUUGUACUGAUAAUAACUGCACUGCCUGAAGUCUAUACAACAUUGAUACAAUGAGAGGUCUGCGGACUUUUUUGGAAAAGGACAGGUCACAAUAUUUUAGGUUUUGUGGACUGUAUUUGUUUCUUUGUCACUGCUUUAUUGUUUUUAAUGAUGCUUUUUAAAAAUAUAAAAAUCCAUUUUUAGCUCAGGGCCAUCCAAAAAUAGAGUACAAGCCAAAUUCAGUCCAUAGGCCUCGAUGCUGACUCCUGGAAAUGUUUUGAUGUCUGGCUCUACCAUGAGCCUGUAACUUGAUUAUCAAAAGCACUCAGAUAUAGUCAAAUAAAUAAAUGCCCUACUUUCAUGCUGUUUUGUAGUGAAGAAAUUCUCCAUUUUGCUUUAAAAGUUGAGGGGUUAUCUUUUGCAAUUGAGAAAUUUUUGUGCAGCUGUAAGUAUAAAUAUCUUACAGACCGCCUUAGCCACCCAGAAAAGCCCGAGGGAGAUAAGUUCCCAGUGAGCAAACGGGCCUUUGAAUCACCACAUAGUAGGUAGAGUUCUGUGUUUUCAAAGUGUGUGUGCAUUUCGUUUCUGAAAUUACUUUUCUUUUCCCACUGACAGUUCAUAUUUUUGAGGCAUCUUCCUAAUAUUUACAUACUUGCUGUCUGAGUUUUCUAUUUAUUUACAUUGAUUUUUCCAUAGCUAUGGUUUUCCACUCCAGUCUAUUCAUUAUUCAAGUAGGAAAAACAAUUGUAUAGAUUUGUUUUACUGUAGUUCAUACUGAUACUGUGGUUGUUCCAUUCACUAACCUCAUGUCAGAGGCUGCCUUUUUCAGAUAAAUGUUGGCAUAACUGAAGUUAUUUUUAUAAGAAAAUGAAGUAUAUCUAUCUAAAAUGGGGUCUUUUAGUUUCUGAGUGGUUUUGAUUCAAAACAUCACAAAAUUUCUUUGCAUUUCCACAAAACUGUGACUAUAACCUCUAGCUGUUCAGUUAUACUUCAGUGGAUAGAAUGCUAAAAAUUUCAACUUACCAAGAGGUUAAUGAAUAAAAACACUUUGCAUUUUCCAAACACUGGGAAGAGUUUGGAAGAGUUUUACUUGUUUUUAUCACUUUACCCUGCUCCCGGCAUUUCCUCCUACAGGUUACUGUAUAGCUGGCCUGUGUACCAAGGGUAACAGCCGCAUACAUGGUCUUUCCCAUCUUUUUCUUUAUACCGACAACUCCCAUGUCUCACAUUCUGCUUCAUACAUGUGCAACAGUUUCCACUUUUAACACCAACUUUUUGAAAUACUAUUCAUGAUAAAAAGCCUUCCACUUAUUAAACUUCUUAAAAUCUAUAAAUUCUUAAAAUGUGGUUGGAGUCUACACAAACCCCCAGGUGGAUUGGCUCCAGAGGGCCUGGGAAACGUGCGCGAAGCUUACACUGCGGUUACCUGCAGGCCACGCAGCAAGUGCAGAGCCGUCUGAGCACGGGCCACGUCUCCUGAGUCUGACUCACAGUUCUGUCACAGAACCCCAGGAUGAAAUCACUACCUACACGCUCCGUUCCAACACGGAGAAGCAUUUCAGGCAGUAAGUAAUAAGUACUGGUUAUGUGCCUGUGGAAUCAGUUGUAAAGCUAAAAGAGAGUGCUAUAUUUUCUAUGGACAGUGUAUUUACAAAGGCAUUAGUUGAAUAAAAUGCGUAACAGGAGAGCAGCAUUUUUAAGUUAAAUAUUUUAUCAAUUUUUUUGUAACAUUAGUUCAUCCUUAAUUUGCCCGCAAAACCAAAUGUCUUAAAUUGGGUACAUUCAUUACAUCAUGACUGUUAAGAAUAAUGCAAAAGUUAAACAAGAUGAGUCUUAAUUUUCUUAAAUGAGAUCUGUAUAAUAAAAUUAACCCUGAAGAUUAAAUCUUUCUGUUAAUAUUCUA